UAAUCGCCAGAGUAGGUGUGUCUACGUGUGUGUGUGUUUGAGCGAGACAGAGCACUUGAAAGACGCCGUGUCGUCUCUCACACACACACAAGAAAAGUGUGUGUUUUGUUGUGUGUGUGUGUGUGUGUAUUCCGGCGUGUGUAUGUGUGUAGCCUGUGUGUUUUUGGCCAGCGAGUUGUUAUCGGAAGCGAAACGUAAGGACGCCACGGAUCUCUGUCAAAAUCGAGUCGAGAGUUGGGAAGUUUCGUCAACUCAUGAACAGGCGAACAGAGUCUUGUAAAAACUCUUGUAGGCUAAAAGUCACCACCCGACACAGGUGUGUGUGUCCCUGGACUUUGUGGAAUACAGGCUACCUCUCCCCAAAAACACGGACGUCAAAAGACGCACAGCACGUUACUGGACUAGGGAAGACACUAUCCUUUGCACAGGUGUUAUAACACGUUUAUAACCCGCCAAUAUGGCGGACAUGGCUCCGGGGGAGGUGUGGGUCGAGGUGGAGUACGAAUACGAGUACAAGUCCAAAAGUCGCACCAUCAAGAUACAACCUGGAGAAAUCUUCGUACUGCUGAAGAAAGCUAAUGAGGACUGGUGGCAAGUGGCCCAGCGCUCCGAAGCCUCAACAACAUCAUCAUCCUCAAAGUCCAAAUCGUCGUCUCGCUCUGACAACAAACCCUUCUACGUCCCGGCGCAAUAUGUCCGCGAGGUCCGCCGAGCUCUCUUACCCAAGAUGCACCACAGCCACCCGUCACCACCAGACUCCAAACACGAAGACUUGAAUCAACCGAAACAUCCAAAACAUGACAAACAUUCCGCGCAUUCUAACUCCGACUCCGACUCCGACUCGGAAGGAGUCUCCAAACAUAAACACCACCACCACCACGGGUCGAGUAGUUCGUUUAAAGACGAUUCACGUAGUGAACACACACAGCGUAAAGACUCUAAGCAGCGACAUUCUAGCGGUAGUAGACAUAAAGACGAUAUGACACACACUACGUCAGACAGAGACAGCGACAGUAAUGACAAUGAAUCGCAAACACGUCCAGCUGUAGUACCACCUGUAGCAUUACCUCGAACUCACAUCAGCACUUCGCAAAAACAAAAGGAAAAGCAGACCCCGUCAUCGCCUGCCACACCCCGUCACACGACAGCAACACACGAUGCCCUGAGUCCGAGUUCGGACGUCUCUAAAAUCCCAUUACUCCCCCCGAAUGUGUUAGCGAAAACAAAAUCUGCUCCGCAAAUCGUGCCGCGCUUCGUUGUUGACGAUGAGCAUUCGAGCGACAAACACGCGUCGUCCUCGUCGACAGAGGAUGUCACCGGUGGUGGCCGUCAUCAAACGCACAGGACGACAGAUGUGACGCAUCCCACGACGCCGUCCGACGAUAAAGUUCCAUUAAUGCCUCCGAAGUUUAACAGCCGGAUAUCGACUUCCAAACGUUCAGACAACGUUUCGACAGCAACAGCGCAUGCGCACUCUCGCGCAGACGCCCGUUCCAACGUGAGCCCGACAUUGCCAACACGAGCGCACACACUCAAACCGUCCAGCCCGACGCAUGUAGGCGCGACAAACGUGCAAAACAGUCGUGGAGAGACGUUAUCAUCAUCAAACAGGCCACAAAAAACACCACCGAAGUUGUCGGGCAAUAGUCUUAAAGAAACGUCGUCAUCAUCAGCACAACAUGGUAGCGCUCACACACCCAGUCGAUCGAGCUCACUGAAGAACAACAUGACUGCUGGUGGAGAGGGAGGUGGAGGAGGAGGAUUGGAGGUGACAUCAUCAUCAUCAUCGUCAUCAUCGAGUUCUUCAUCUGGGCCCAGGAAACAUAAUUCGUUGCCUCGUACAGGCAAGACCAGCGAGGCUAGUAGGCCGGGGGAGAAAGUGGCCCUUAUGCCCCCUAAGAGCUUCAUCAGAACAUCCUCCUGGAGGAGGAAGGGGGGAUCGCUACCGCGAGAAGAGGAGAAGAAGAAAGAAGAGGAGGAGGAGGAGGAGAGAAGAGGAGGAGAGGGGGAGGAGGAGACGGAACACAGAGGAGAGAAAGAAAGGACGCCAUCGUGGAAGAACAAAGGAGCUCUUCCUCCCACCCCGACAGAGGAGAGGGAACGGAGAGAGCGGAGGAGGAGUGAAGAGGAGAGGAACCAGCACAGCAACCCCAAAUCCCCCUCGUGGAGGAAGAAGGGAUCACUGCCGCGGACGCCGGAGGAGAGGAGGAGGGAGGGAGGAGAGGAGAGGGAUGACAGAAGAAAAGACUGGUCUUCGUCGGGAGACGAUCUAAGUAGCAGCGGAUCUGUAGAGUUUUUACAGGCCCCUCCUGAGUCUCCAAUCUACACUAAUCUUGCGGACCUGAAACUCUCCGACGGCACCCAGCCCCCCGUACCCCAGGACACACACACACACUCUCACACACACACAGAGUGGGAGACACACACCGACACACAGUCGGGACGUCUGUACUACUACAACCCACACACACGGGAGAGCCGCUGGAAACCGCCACGAGAGAAGGCUAGCCCUCCCUCCCCUUCCUCCGCCCACUUCAAAGAUUCGACCAAUGGGAAGACCCGAAGCUUGGAGCGAAGACAAAAGCCUGAGCCGACCAUCAGACCGAAAUGGAGACACAGUUCCCAAGGAGUCGAGGACUUCCCCAAGCCAAGGAGUCCCAGCCCAGAGUCCACGAGUCCUACAUCCCCCACGGCAACGCAGGGGGAUAAAAGUGGAGUUUUGAACGUGACCAAGUACGCAGAGAACGGCAAGAGAAUACGUAAGAACUGGAGCUCCGCCUUCGUGGUGCUGGAGGGAGCAACCCUCUCCUUCUUCAAGACCAGCUGGUUUGGUAGUCACCAGUCCUCUCCUGAGUUCAUUGUGGAUCUCCGCGGUGCUCUGUCCUCUUGGACCAAAGACAAGUCCAGCAAGAAGAACGUGGUCGAGGUGAGGAGCCACAACUGCGCCACUGAGAUCCUCCUCCAGUCUGACUCGGAGUCUACCAUGGCCGAGUGGCAACAAGCCAUCAUGGACAGCAUCCAUACACACGAGUGGGAUUCGGACGAGGAGGAUAUGGAGGAGGAGGAACAGGAGGACUCUAGGAAACAUCCAGAUCGGGCCGACCAGCGGAAGCGCACCAAACUGAGGAAGUUCCUGACGCGCAGGCCGACGCUGCAGACGGUGAAGGACAAGGGAUACAUCAAAGACUUGGUGUUUGGCUGUAGUCUGGUGAGUCUGUGUGAAAGGGAGAAGUCCACCGUGCCGCACUUUGUCCAGAUGUGCAUCGAGCGCGUGGAACACAACGGCUUGAAUGUGGAUGGUCUCUACAGGGUCAGUGGAAACUUGGCCGUCAUCCAGAAGCUAAAGUUUGCAGUCAACCACAAUGAGAGUGUGGACCUUUUGGACUCCAACUGGGGUGACACCCACAUCACCAGCGGGGCGCUCAAGAUGUUCUUUAGGGAGCUGGCCGAGCCGCUCUUCACACACACACACCACCAGGACUUUGUGGACGCCAUCAAGACCUCGGACUAUCGCCAGCGUGUGGAGUGUGUGCGGACGAUCGUGAAACGGCUGCCACCUGCUCAUCAUGACACCAUGAGAGCACUGUUCAAACACCUACGCAGGGUCAUCGAUCACGGGGAGCAGAAUCGCAUGUCUGCUCCGAGCGUGGCCAUCGUGUUCGGCCCGACGCUCCUGAGACCAGAGGUGGAGUCCUGGAAUAUGGCCGUCCACAUGGUCUACCAGAACCAGAUCGUGGAGCUUGUACUCCUGGAACAGGAUGUCAUCUUUAAGUAGUUUAAUAGCCGCGUGUUAUAAUGGGUUUCAAUGGGAGAAAAGACUACACUCCUGAGACCAAAUGUAGUACUUCUGGAACAAAACAACAUCUUUAAGUAAUUUAGCUCGUACUUCUGGAACAAGACAACAUCUUUAAGUAAUUUUUGAUCCUUUGAGGAUUUUUUUUGUGGUUUCAAAGUAGUGUUUGGACCUACAGUGCGAUCCUGGAAUAUGGCCAUCAACAAAACCGGAUCGUUGAACUGGUACUCUUGGACCAAGACGCCAUUUUUGUAGUUCAAUAGCCAUGUGUUAAAAUGGUUUCAAUGGGAGAAAAGACUACACUCCUGAGACCAAAGGUUGAGCUCUAUUGGAACAAGAUAGUAUUUUUGAGACCCAGAACUGUUUGAGAACUUGUUUUGGAACAAGGACACUCACAAGUUUUCUUUUUUAAACUCCAGUACAUAAAAACAUAUUUGUACUACACCUGGAGCGGGAACUCGGAACAAGACACCAUUUUCAAGUUUGAGAACUACUUUUGUGGUUACAGGCCUCUAGGCCUGGAACUAUUAGAGCCAGAACCAUGUUAAGGGAACCAUUUUCAGUACCUUUUUUUUUUUUUACCUGAACCUUGUUUUCAAGUGAUGAGAACCUAUUACCGAUCCACCUGACACCAUAAUCUCAGAAACUUUCGUUCUUUUGGAACAAAAUCUGAUUUUCUUCAGUGGAACCUUUAAGAUCCCAGAUGGUGGAACUUGUGCUACAUUUAGAACAAGACACGGUAUCCAGCCGUGGGAGAUCCUGUUAUUCCAGUUUCUAGUAGAGAACUACAAGAACUUUAAGAACUACAAGAACUUUAUAUCAGUCUUGGGACAAGAAAGCUAGUUCUUUUGGAGGCGGUAGAACUCUAAUAUACUUUAUUUAGAACAAGAGUAUGAAUAGAGAAUAUUUGGUAUGUAUUCAAGUGAACUUUUAUUUUAACCCAGAAUCCAAUCAAGGAAACUUUUAAGAACGUACUAUCUAUUCUUAGACCACAAACUGGGAAAACAAGUUCUAUUGGAAUUGUUGAAUUGGUUAUUUUAAAACAAGAUAUUGUUUUCAUGUGAAGCUUGUAUGGAACCCACUCCUGGGAAGAACAGUACUUGUAUUAUGCUGGUGGUGAUAAUCAAUUUUCUAGUGAUUUUAGUUCAUGAGACAGAAUCUUGGACCGUGCGUAAUAUACGUGUGUAAUAUACAUGGUCAAUGAAAACUGUUGAGAACAAGAGCUUUGUUAAGGACGAAUGCAGUACUUUGAACAUUUAGCCCUUUUUCUGAAUUGUCUGAGAUGCAAUAGAGGUUUUUAAGAAAAGAUUUGGACAUGCCCGUAUAUGGCCAUCCUAAAGCCAGUUGAGACAAAAAUCCAAACUAGUCAAAUAACGGAGCGAAGAUCAAAAAUCUAAACUAGUCAAAUAAUGGAGCGAAGAUCAAAAAAAAUGAUGAGGACCACUCUACUCUAUUGCAGACUAUUCAGAAAAGAGAAAAGAGGUUAAAUGUUCAAAAUACAGUCAUGCACCUGUCCUACUUUUAAAAGUGCAUUUUAGUGUUCUUAAAGACUUGAGUUUUAUUCAGAUUUUUUUUAUUAUUAUUAAUUUUGAGCAGAGAACAGAUGCGUGAGCCAGCAAAUGACUAUGGGCCCCGCACUUAUUGGCCAGAUGAGGAAAAUGGCAGAGUUGUGACACGAUGCAAUGUUGAGAAAUGAACUUGUGGUGUUGAAUGCAGUUUUGAACCUUGUUAAAGGAGAACUCCUGCCAAUUUUAAUGUGCUGUUGUAUUGCUCACGCUACCCUUGACUUGACAGUAGCCGGUGACGCCGCAGUUUUUGGCUCAGCCCUUUCCGAGCUAUUCUAAUGGGGGCAACUUUUGUAUACAUUUAAAAAAAAAAAAAAAAACGAACAUAGGCCUACUCCAAAUUUUUUCCCAAAAGGUAUCGCUGUUUGCUACACAGCCCUUUGAGUGUUUUUGGGAAUAAUAUAUUUUUUUAGUCUCUACAGUUGGUAGUUAUAUUAGCAUGUAACUAUGUAUGCUGAGGGCCCCCAGGCUUCAGCGGCACUGCCAAUGACAACUUUGAGCUGUGUUGGAUUUGUAUAUUAAAACACACACAUACACAGCGGCGAAACAAUUGCCCCAGGGCCCAAGACCCCCCCCCCCCCCCCCGCCCCAUAUGGCCCAGGGCAAAAGCACAGACACCACACACACACACACACACACCUGAAGCACCAUAUCAUUACUUAUGAUGUACAGAGGAAGCACCUGCUGUUAUGUGUGCUAGGGAUUUUUUUGUGAAAAAAGACUUUUUUGUGAAAAUGUUUUAAUUUUGUCAGGUGGUUUAUGUUUAUCACUUUUAGAAUGAAAAAACAGUUUUGUUUUUUUUGUUAAAAAAUGUUUGACAGGAUCCGUGAAAAUGACAAGAAAAACGUGUUUUGUACAAAUGAGUGGAAAAUAGUAAUACUAUUAAAAGAAAAAAAAAAA